AUGCUGGACCACUGUUCCAUUUCCCACAAGGGCGGGAUCGUCUUGUGGUCGCGCUCCUUCACACCAGCGGCAUCUCAAACAGCAGCGUCCGCUGCCUCGCCUGUCAACUCCCUCAUCCGGGAGGCUCUCAUCGAGGGUAGGACUGCGGAGGACAAGUACGAGAAGGACGGAUAUGCGGUGAAAUGGACGUUCGUCAACGACCUCGAACUGAUCUUUGUGCGUUCUCCGCCGCAGGUUGCGUAUCAGCGGAUCCUCCAGCUGACCUACGUGGACGAGCUUCUCGCCGCGCUCAAAACCGUCUUCGUGAAGCUGUUCGAGCCGUUUCUGGCCACCUUCGUGGCUUCGCUGCACGUCGUCAGUAGCGGAAAGCUCCCCUCUGGUGCCGGCGCCCCCGCCGCUUCCUGGAACUUUGCCAAGGCAUUCCAAAGCUGGGACACGGCUUUCGACAAGCUCCUGCGGGGCCUAGAAGACAAAGCCGCACAGGAUCGACGGGCCCGCGUAGGCCAUGUCCCCCGUCCGCUCUCCGAGUCCAGCCCACCUUCAGACGAUUUGAGCACGAUUCCCUCCCAUUCAGAUACAGCAACCGUCGAUGAGGAACAGAUAGCACGGAACGUCCAGGCUCUCAAGAAUCGUUUACGAGGCCGAGGGGGGCGACCGGGCAGGCGCGGGUCGGCGCGGUCGGACACGGGCAGCGGGAGGGACAGUCAUCCCGGCUCCGACUCCGACACGCCCACCAAGCGCAAGCCAAAGGCGAAGGCCCAACGUAAAUGGGGCGAUGAAGCCCCGUCCGAAUCCGAUAUGGCGUCGUUAGAUUUUAGCUACGAGAAGAUUGAUGCAAACAGCCAGGCUGCGUCGGUGGAUUUAUCCGCCCUUGUGGACGAGGGCUCCUUGGGUAUGCGGACCCAGGAUGGUCUCUACGAGGUCAAAGACUGGGAGUUUUCUAACGGCAAAAGCGAUGCGGAUGAUGUCGUCUCGCAAGUGCUCAAGGGCAACAUGCAGCCGGAAAAAUCGGCUUCCAGCUCCAGUGUCGGCUCCUUGGGUGCUCUGGGUUCCCUUUUUGCCCGUCUGACGGGAUCGAAGGUCCUGACGGAGAGCGACUUGAAGCCUGUCCUUGAGGGAAUGAAGCAACACCUCAUGAAGAAGAACGUCGCGAAAGAUAUAGCGGAGAAGGUCUGUGAAGGUGUGGGAGAGAGCCUCGUAGGGAAGAAAGUGGGCGGAUUCCAAACGACCAACGCGGCGGUCCGCCUUGCGCUAUCGAAUUCGCUCACGCGGAUACUGACACCAAAAACAUCGACGGACCUUUUACUUUCCAUUCGAAACAAGCUGUCGUCUCCCCUGCCUUCUUCACAACAAAGACAGCCGUACAGCAUCACUUUUGUCGGUGUCAAUGGCGUAGGCAAGAGCACGAAUCUAUCCAAGGUCUGUUUCUGGCUGAUUCAGAACGGCAUGCGGGUCUUGAUCGCUGCCUGCGACACAUUCCGGAGUGGCGCUGUCGAACAGCUACGCGUCCACGUACGAAAUCUGAGUAUGCUCGGUGUCAAUGGUGCCACGAACAGCAAGGGCCGAGUAGAGCUUUACGAGCGGGGAUAUGGUAAAGAUGCGGCCGGGAUAGCCAAGGAGGCCAUCGCACAUGCUCGAGACAACGACUUCGAUGUCGUUCUCAUUGACACAGCAGGGCGUAUGCAAGAUAACGAGCCCUUGAUGCGAGCGCUGGCGAAGCUUGUGGCAGUUAACACUCCCGACAAAAUUUUAUUUGUCGGGGAGGCCCUCGUCGGGAACGAAGCCGUCGACCAGCUGACGAAGUUCGACCGCGCAUUGCGCGACUUUUCCGCGUCAUCAGGCGGCAAGGAGCGCGGCAUUGACGGUAUGCUCGUGACUAAGUGGGAUACGGUGGAUGACAAGGUCGGAGCUGCGCUAUCUAUGACCUAUGUCACCGGGCAGCCCAUCAUCUUCGUCGGCUGUGGUCAGACUUAUACCGACCUACGGCAGUUGAGGGUGGCUAACGUGGUUCAAGCAAUUUUGAGCGACUGA